AUGGCUUUGAGCUCCGGGGCACAUGCCUUCUCAGUGGAAGCCUUGGUAGGGAAACCCAACAAAAGGAAACUGCAAGACCCGAGAGGGGAAUUACAGCCUGAGCGUCAGGAAAAAGAGGGUACAGAGGAGGAGAGGAGGUGCUGCGCAGCAGGCAAGAAGAGUGAACAGCCUGCACAAAAGCGACCCAAGACAGAACCCGCAGCAACUGCAUUCUCUGGCUGUGGUCGUGGCGGCGGAGGCAGUAGCAGCAGCAGCAGCGGCGGCAGCGGCGGCGGCAGCGGCAACAGCAGCGAAAAUCUAGCAGAGAAAGAUGGUAUCGGAGUGGAACUUCAAGGAUCCGAGCUGUGGAAGAGAUUCCAUGACAUCGGGACUGAGAUGAUCAUUACCAAGGCGGGCAGGCGCAUGUUUCCCUCUGUUCAGGUCAAAGUAAAAGGAUUAGAUCCAGGGAAGCAAUAUUAUAUGGCCAUUGACGUGGUGCCAGUGGAUUCCAAACGCUACAGGUAUGUCUACCACAGCUCACAGUGGAUGGUAGCUGGGAAUACAGACCACACGUGCAUCACUCCCAGGAUCUAUGUCCACCCGGAUUCGCCCUGCUCAGGAGAGACCUGGAUGAGGCAGAUCAUCAGUUUUGAUCGCGUGAAACUCACCAACAAUGAAAUGGAUGACAAAGGCCAUAUCAUUCUACAGUCCAUGCACAAGUACAAGCCCCGCGUGCACGUGAUGGAGCAGGACAGCAGGAUUGACCUGUCCCAGAUUCAGUCCCUGCCUACUGAAGGGGUUAAAACAUUUUCCUUUAAAGAAACUGAGUUCACUACAGUGACUGCCUACCAGAACCAGCAGAUUACAAAACUGAAAAUAGACAGGAAUCCUUUUGCUAAAGGAUUUAGAGAUCCUGGAAGAAACAGGGGUGUAUUGGAUGGUCUUUUAGAGACCUACACAUGGAGACCUUCUCUCACUCUGGAUUUUAAAACCUUUGGUGCAGGCACACAAAGUGGAAGCAGUGGAUCAUCUCCAGUGACCUCUAGUGGAGGGGCUCCUUCUCCUUUGAACCCCUUGCUUUCUCCACCUUGCUCCCCGCCUACAUUUCACUUACCUACAAGCUACCUUGGAAUGCCCUGUCUAGAGGCAUACCUGCACACUAGCAAUCUGCCCCUUUGCUACAAGAUUUGCCCAACUAAUUUUUGGCAACAGCAGCCCCUUGUCUUGCCUGUUCCUGAAAGCCUAUCAAGCAGCAAGGGUUCCCAGGCUUUAGCCCCACUUGUGAUGGAAAUGCCCAUGUUAUCUUCCCUGGGGGCCACCAAUUCAAAAAAUGGUUCAUCUGAAGACUUCAGGGGGCAGUGUCUGCAGGCACCUAAUUCUGCCAGUCAAAUGUUGUAUGGAUUACAGGCACCUGGGAACAUUUUUCCCCAAAACUCUAUUGCCCAAAAAACACUUGGUUGUUCUUUCUAUCCUUCCUAUGGAUUUUGUAAGUACAACUUUCCCAUGCCAUCUAGACUAGUAAAUGCUUCUGACCAUCUCAAAGUGAAUGACCACAGUCAAGUUUCUUUUAGAGAAGGGAAAUGGAAUCAUGCUCUUUGGCACCCAACAAUUAAUAAUUGCCUUUAA